UCCUCAGAGAUGACAAUAACAGCCAUAAGAAAUCAGUAAGUAUGGAUGAUCUACGCCUUGACAGGAUGAAUGACACUCGUUCAUCCAACGGACUUCUGCAUCGGCCUAGAAUACAUGCAUCCGAAAAUCAAUACGAGUCCGGAUUACCCGACACAAAAUAUGUUCAGGGUCGUGAACACAAGGUUAUGAAAGACAACAGAGGGGAAGAGACCUACAUAUACCAGCCUUCGAGUUAUAUACAUCCAGUAUCAAGAGCACGGUAUGGAUCAUCGUACAACAAUCACUCAGCAGGACCGUCUGUUUAUAACUACAUUGAUACGGAAUCAAAGUUCGAAAUUCAACGGCCAAACAUUAGUCUUGGACAUAUGAACCAAUAUUAACAGCGUCCUUCCCAUAUCACUGCAUCACUAUCUCACCUUGAAGAUAUUUCUUCACAAGCAUAAAACGCUACCAAGGAAAAUAAUUGUAGACUAGGUAUGACUAAGACUGUUGAUAAGAAGUAAUGGAAUAUGAACAUCUUCAUACGCUUAUAUAUAAGCGGACCAUAUAAGCGGACCUCUGUUAUACAUUACCUUUAAUUUAAUGAAAAAUGUUCGUCGAGAAAAGAAUAGUACAAUUUCGUAAUAGUGUUCUUCUGACAUAUUCGCGCUUGCCUUCAAUCCAAAAUGUAAGUAUAUGGAUUUAAUAUUAUACUAACAUGCCUUCUGUAGGCUCUUGUAUUUGUAUUUACUGUUCCGUUUUCAAACAUUUGAAAAUGCUGAAACUUUCUGCAGUUACUUAAAAAAAUGUAACAAUCAUUGUGCCUCAGUUGUCUGAUAAAUUUCUUACCAUCAUACAAGCUUUGCUGCAUAAUGUCUACAUUGUUACGGCGAGAACGUUAUAGAAAUAUUAAACAGUGCAGCAAAGAAAUUGUUACAUCAACAAAUCUGUACAAAAUUCAUCUACAUUUAAUAGAUUGAAACUUCUCUGACACUAUAUUUCAUUAUUAUUUACAUUGUUUUUCUUAUGACAUCUUUGUGUAUUAUUCUUGCCAUGAAUCGGUACAUGAAUGAUCAUUGUUGAUCUAUUUAUUCCAUGUUUUAAUGAAAAGUGUCUGAAUGUAUCAGCAGAAAUAACGUAAAGCUCAAAACAUUGUAUUCUUUCAGAUAUUUGUAAAAUGUUUCAUCUCAUUUUUCCCUUCAUCUGUCCAAUAAUUUUAAACAGAAUUUCCUAAACCUUAUACAUUAUACAUACACCAGGGACUAGUGAUGUAAACUACCUUUGACUUAAUAUGCGUUUUCUAGCUCUUAGUCUUGUAGGACGGUAAACAGGUAAAACGAUUGAUUUGAUAAAUACAACAUGUUACCCAUUUGUUAGUUUGGACUUAUACCUUUACAUAGAAUGUUGAUAAAU